AACGAGGGUCGUCGCAGGUUAGGUCACGGGGAACAGCGAUUCCCUUCGCCACAAGGAAAUAAUAGCGGCCGAGAGAGAAGCACGAACUCGGCAAAAGGGGAUCGACGGCAUGGCGGAAAACGCCGGUGAAGAAUUCUCGGUGGUGGUGCUGGCGUCGGACCUCGGCGUCGACGCCCGUUCCUUCCUCUCACCGGCGGAGCGCCAGGCGGCAGAGGACGACGAUGAGAACGUAGUGUGGCACGAUUGCCACGCCCACCUCAUCGCCGACGAGGAUUUCUCCGAUCUUGAGGUCCUUCAGGCCUUUCGCCUAGAGGGAGCCGAUAAGGCCGGCAACCGCAUCCUCCGGAUCGUCGGGAAGUACUUCCCUGCUUUAAUCAUUAAUGGGGAGCGUUUGAAGAGGUAUGUCUUCCGUAAAUUCUUCACAGAGCUACAGGAAGGACCAUUCUGUAUCCUAUACAUGCACAGCACCGUGCAAUCGGAGGAUAACAAUCCUGGAAUGUCCAUAAUGAGGUGGAUAUAUGAGGAGCUUCCUUCCGGCUACAAAGAGAGGCUGCAGAUUGUGUAUUUCUUGCAUCCAGGACUCCGUUCUAGGUUGGUCUUGGCCACGUUUGGACGCUUCUUCUUAAGUGGAAGGUUGUAUUGGAAAAUCAAGUAUGUCAGCCGAUUGCAGUAUCUAUGGGAUGACAUUAAGAAAGCAGAAGUGGAAAUUCCAGAGUUUGUGCACAAGCAUGAUGAUCUUCUUGAACAUAGGCCACUGACUGACUAUGGUAUAGAGCCUGAUCCUUUUCAUCUGACUGAGGUACCGGCUAUGGAAUACUCGCUUGGGAGGUAUGAAAACAAAUGGUCUUCUCGGACCUACAUGUGAUGCUUUUGCUGGAAGCCUACCUAGUCUUCUGUACAUAGGAUACCUGUUGUAUUCUGUCGCAUGGGAUGCCCGAUGCAAUGGAUUUUUCGACAGUUGCAUAGGAAACAUGUAUGUGAGUGUUCACACCGAAACUUAUUUAUCUUGUUUCAGAUCAAGAGAUUCCCUAAGUUUAUUUGAAGUAGAAUGUGCUAUGAAACCUUUAAUUUUUAUUCCCA